AUGGCUUUGUCUGUGGACUCGGCUUUGUACCGUUGGCAGCGACUAGGAGCCAUAAGUCUCUCCCAGACUGUACCAGAAUCAACUCCACUGCUAUUUUCUGCCAGAGAUAGAUCAAAAGUCAACUUUAACAAGUGGAGGGUUGUGUUUCCGAACAACGGGAGACAGCAGAGAGACUGGGACCAAGCUUCUAGGUUUUAUUCUGGAAACAUGAUACAGACUACAAAAUACACAUGGUUUACUUUUUUGCCCAAAAAUCUUUUUGAGCAAUUUCACAGGCUAGCUAAUCUUUAUUUCCUCUUCCUAUUGGUUGUAAACUGGUUCCCACAAAUAGAAGUCUUCCACAGGGAAAUUACUAUGCUGCCUCUGAUUGUGGUACUGCUUGCCAGUUUGAUUAAGGAUGCUAUUGAAAACUAUAGAAAAUACCGAUUUGAUAAGAUGAUAAACUCCUCUAAAACCAAGGUCUAUGACAAGAAGGACCGUGCCUAUGUUGAAAAGUGUUGGAAAGAUGUACAAGUGGGGGAUUUUGUGCAGCUGCAGUGUAAUGAGACCAUCCCAGCUGAUAUCCUCUUGCUGUACUCCUCUGAUCAAAAUGGGAUCUGCCAUUUGGAAACAGCAAACCUUGAUGGGGAGACAAACCUUAAACAACGACGAGUCGUGAUAGGGUUCUCUGGCCAGAAUACUUUAUUUGAACCAGAAUUUUUCCAAAACACCAUCAUCUGUGAAAUGCCUAACAAUGAUCUCAAUAAAUUCAAAGGGUACAUGGAAAAGCCAAAUAACGAACGGAUUGGUUUUAACAUCGAAAGCCUUUUGCUUCGUGGAUGUACAAUCAGAAACACUGAGGUUGCAGUAGGAAUUGUUAUAUAUGCAGGUCACGAAACCAAGGCCAUGCUAAAUAACAAUGGUCCUCGUUAUAAGCGCAGCAAGAUAGAGCGACGGAUGAAUAUGGAUAUUUUCUUGUGUGUGGGACUUCUGUUCGCAAUGUGCCUUGUUGGAGCCAUAGGUCAUGGCAUCUGGGCUGGAAGCUUCUCAGAACAUCCACCUUAUGAUGUCCCAGAGGAGAAUGGCAAUUUUCUGUCUCCAGUUCUUGCUGGUUUCUACCUGUUCUUGACUAUGAUAAUCCUACUGCAGGUUUUAAUCCCCAUUUCUCUUUAUGUGUCCAUCGAGUUAGUCAAGUUGGGCCAAGUCUUCUUAAUUCACAAUGACAUUGACCUCUAUGAUGAAGAAGCAGAUUUGCCCAUUCAGUGCAGAGCCCUAAAUAUUACUGAAGAUCUUGGACAAAUUCAGUAUAUUUUCUCAGACAAAACUGGGACACUAACAGAAAACAAAAUGGUAUUCCGACGCUGUACUGUUGAUGGACAUGAGUUUUCACAUCAGGAAAAUGCCAAGCGCCUGGAAACCCAUAAGGAGUUGGAUUUAGAUGAUGCGGAUUUUGCAAAACUUCAACACUUCACACUUCCUUCCAUGAACACUGAAAGACCAGGCACUUAUAAUCAAAGGACCAUGAGACCCUUAAGGAGGUGCCAGAGUGCUAGAGCUCAUUUUCAGGGGCAUACACGGAAUAGGUCACUUGGUCGUCGUGACAGCAACCGAUCUCAAGUGGCAUUCAGCAGCACCAUUGAAAAGGAUGUGACUCCAGACAGCAGGCUGCUGAGAAGAGUGAGAGAAGCUGCACUCCAGACUGAAAAUCUCUCUCCUUUUAUGCAUAAGCAGACUGCCACAUCCCUUACUGACUUUUUUCUUGCCCUUGCCAUCUGCAAUACAGUCGUGGUCUCCACAGCUACUGAGCCAAGACAGAGGGUUACAGUCCCACCACCAAUAAAACCUUCAGGAAUCACCUUGGAGAAGAUUCAUCAGAUAUUUCAUCGGCUGAAGUUAGCAAGCCUCAGCCAGUCUUUUUCAUCAUCUCAGUCUAGUUCAGAGCUAGGAGCUAGCUUCAGUGCAAAGAACACCGGGGAGCACCUUGCUGCAUUGGAUUGCUGUGACGAGGACAACGACUGCUGUGACAGCAGUAGGGGCGCUGGGCUCCAGGACAAGGGCAGCACAGAUAUUGGCAGUGCUUCCUUGGAUGAGGUUUUUAAGUCUGUUACUCACGGUUCUUUGCCAACAGACUUCUGUUACGAGGCUGAGAGCCCAGAUGAGGCAGCACUUGUCUAUGCUGCACAGGCAUACAGUUUUACUUUAGUGUCCCGGACUCCUGAGCAGGUGACCGUACAGUUGCCACAAGGCACACUCUUGACUUUUGAUAUCCUCUACACUUUGGGAUUUGACUCAGUAAGGAAAAGGAUGUCUGUAGUGGUGAGACACCCUCUAACCAAGGAGGUCAUUGUCUACACAAAAGGAGCUGACUCUGUUAUAAUGGACUUGCUGGAAGACUCUGGCAAAGCUGACACUUACGCAGAGAGGAGAAGGAAAAGAAUAAAAGACAGAACACAGAAGCAUCUGGACUACUAUGCCCGAGAUGGCCUCCGAACUCUGUGCAUAGCUAAGAAGGUCUUGAAUGAGGAUGACUUUCAAAAAUGGGCCAAUUUUCGUCGAGAGGCAGAAGCUGCUAUUGACAACAGAGAGGAUCUGUUAAUGGAGACAGCACAGCAUCUGGAGACCAAACUCACCUUGCUGGGGGCAACAGGGAUUGAAGAUCGGCUGCAAGAUGGAGUGCCUGACACUAUCGCAGCUCUUCGAGAAGCUGGGAUACAGAUCUGGGUGUUGACAGGAGACAAACAGGAAACAGCAGUUAACCUUGCAUAUUCCUGUAAACUCCUGAACCAAAGGGACACUGUCUUCACCAUAAACACAGAAAAUAAGGAAACUUGCGAAUCACUCUUGAAUUUAACCUUGGAAGAAGUGAGAAAGAAUUACGAGGUUGAAAAACCACGGAGGAAAUUUUUUGACUUUAUCCCAACAUCUUUAUCAGCCUGUGAGGUGCCCAGUCCUGAGUUUGGACUGGUGAUUGAUGGCAGAACGCUGAGUGUCAUCUUCCAGGGGGGCCUGGAGGAGAAGUUCCUGGAGCUGACGAGGCACUGCCGCUCGGUGCUGUGCUGCCGUUCCACCCCCCUCCAGAAGAGCAUGGUGGUCAAGCUUGUUCGGAGGCAGCUAAAAGUGAUGACCCUGUCGAUAGGUGAUGGUGCAAAUGAUGUAAGUAUGAUUCAAGCAGCUGAUGUUGGGAUUGGAAUAUCUGGCCAAGAAGGCAUGCAGGCUGUGAUGGCUAGUGACUUUGCAGUAUCCCGAUUUAAGCAUCUCAAAAAACUACUUCUCGUCCAUGGACAUUGGUGUUACACUCGCCUGGCAAAGAUGGUGAUAUACUUUUUCUACAAAAACGUGAGCUACGUCAACCUGCUCUUCUGGUACCAGUUCUUCUGUGGGUUCUCAGGCAACACAAUGAUAGAUUAUUGGCAGAUGAUUUUUUUCAAUCUUUUCUUCACCUCAAUGCCACCUCUGGUCUUUGGAAUCCUGGAUAGAGAUGUUUCUGCAGAAACACUUCUGGGUUUGCCUGAGUUGUACAAGAAUGGGCAAAAUUCAGAGAUAUACAAGCUGUCAACGUUCAUUAUUACAAUGUUGGACGCCUUCUAUCAGAGUCUUAUUUGCUUCUUUGUCCCCUAUUUGAUGUACAAGGACUCCGAUAUAGAUGUGUUUUCCUUUGGAAACCCCAUCAAUACCAUUUCCCUCCUGACCAUCCUAUUGCACCAGGCUCUAGAAAUUAAAACAUGGACACUGUUCCACUGGAUCACGAUGAUUGGGAGUGUGGUGAUUUACUUCGUCUUCUCUCUGAUCUACAAUGCUGCCUGCGUGGUCUGCAACCCUCCCACCAACCCCUACUGGAUCAUGGAGAAACAGCUUUCAGAACCCACCUUCUACUUACUCUGUCUUAUUACCCCAGUCAUCGCACUCUUGCCAAGGUUCUUUAUUUUCGCUCUGCGAGGAACCUUUGGAACAUCUCUGAUACUGAAAGCUCAGCAGCUAGAUAAGCUUCCUAAAGAGCAACAGGAUCUUGAAAUCCAGAAACUGAGGUCAAGAAAACAAACAACUUCUGAUGCACCUGUAGCAUCACCAGCACCUAAUGAUGAUCUCGACCAAAACAUCAUCCACUUAUGUUUGUCACCAUUUUUACAUCCAGCAGCAGCAACUGUAUCUCAUAGGGACACAGAAAGCCAGGGACUUUCCACCUCUGAAGUGAAUCCUCUCAAGAAAUGGACACCUGAAGAAGGCUACUAUUUCUUUAAUAGGUGGGCAGAGGAAGAAUACAUUGCUACAGAAUCUUCAGCAGGACCUUUCGCUGGUCAUUGCCCCCUAGUACCCAGUAGGGUAACAUCUCCUGGACAGGACAGUGGCAAACCAACUAAAGAUAAAGGUGAAAACUUUAACCAUGGAAGCCAUCGACGCUCUGUGAGUGCAGUGACACUCUGA